AUGUUGGAGGUGGGAGUGGAGCCCAAUGUCGUCAGUUUCAGCGCUGGGAUCAGCGCGUGCGAGAAGGGCGAGCAGUGGCAGCGGGCUUUGGUGCUGCUCAGGGAGAUGUGGGAGGCGAAGCUGGAGCCCGACGCCAUCUCUUCUUCAAUUCAGCUACAGUGCUGGGAUCAGCGCGUGCGAGAAGGGCGAGCAGUGGCAGCAGGCUUUGGCGCUGCUCAGCAGGAUGCGGGGGGCGAAUCUGGAGCCCAACGUCAUCAGUUACAGCGCUGGGAUCAGCGCGUGCGAGAAAAGCGAGCACUAGCAGCUGGCUCUGGCGCUGCUGGGCGAGAUGUUGGAAGCCGGAGCCCGACGCCAUCAGCUACUUUGCCAGGGUCAACGCGUGCGAGAAGGGCGGCCAGUGGCAACAAGCUCUGA